AAUGCACUCCCGCACCAAUGAUUGACCCCUGCAACAACCGUGCACACCAAACCCACUCUAAAACCAGAGCGCUAUCUUUAGAGAUCCUGGUCAAACAAAUACCUCUUGCCAUAGAGUAAGAAAAAAAAGACCAAAACGCAUCACGCAUGAUGCCACCAAAGAAAUAUUACCCAUUUUAUGUAUAUAACGAUAAGGUGAUAACAUAAACUAAUAUGCAGAAAAAUUGACUCCAGGACUCAGCAGAGAGAAUGAGAAAUGAAGGUAAUGCUCUGUUCGAGAGCAGGGGAGUCAGCAGAGGCUUGUUGAUUUGCAGUAGAGCUUUUGCAGCAUCUACGUUGUUGGCUAUAGUGUCCAUUUGGUUGUAUAGAUGUGUUCACUUGUUUGCUCAUAAUAAUCACGCACUUGUGUGGAUUGGCAUGUUUGCUGCUGAGGUUUGGUUUGGUCUCUACUGGAUGCUAACUCAGGCCUCACGGUGGAAUAUCAUCUAUCGCCGCACUUUUAAAGACAAGCUCUCCUACCGAGACGAGAAAGAGUUGCCUGGAGUCGACAUAUUUGUGUGCACAGCUGAUCCAACAAUAGAGCCCCCAAUCAUGGUGAUCAACACGGUUUUGUCUGUCAUGGCUUAUGAUUACCCAUCGGAGAAACUAUCCGUUUAUCUCUCUGAUGAUGGAGGCUCCGACAUUACCUUCUACGCGCUCACACUGGCCUCUGCCUUCGCUAAACACUGGAUACCAUACUGCAAGAAAUAUAAAGUCGAAUCCCCUUGUCCUGCAGCCUAUUUUAACACCUCUGCACCACCAGAAGAAGGUUCUGAAGAUUGGGCCUCCAUCAAGGAUUUAUAUGAAGAAAUGAAGAAUCAAAUUCAAAGUGUGACGGAGCUUGGAGGAAUUUCUAAAGAGUUACGACUAGAAUACAAUGAAUUCACUCAAUGGGAAUCAUUUUCGUCUGCCCGUGACCAUGACACCAUACUUCAUAUAUUGAUCGGAGUGAGCAGUGACAAAGAAGUUAAAGAUAUUGAUGGGUGUACACUACCCAAUCUUAUAUACUUGGCUAGGGAGAAGAGACCUCAGCAUCACCAUAACUACAAAGCUGGAGCCAUGAAUUCGUUGAUAAGGGUGUCAGAAAAGAUGAGCAAUGGCCUUAUCAUACUAAAUGUAGACUGUGAUAUGUAUUCUAAUAGCUCUCAAUCAGUAAAAGAUGCUCUUUGCUUUUUCAUGGACAAAGAGAAGGGAAAUGAGAUUGCCUAUGUGCAGUUCCCACAGAACUAUGAAAAUGUGACUAAGAAUGAUAUUUAUGCUAGUUACAUGAGAACAAUUUCCGAGGUGGAUUUUCAUGGUAUGGAUGGCUUGGGAGGUCCUUUAUACAUUGGAACUGGCUGUUUUCACAGAAGAGAUACUCUUUGUGGGAGAGUUUUCAGCAAGAACCAAACCACGAGCAACUACUGGAAUAGAGGGAAUGAACACCGAUUUUUGGAAGAAGCUUCUUUUGAUCUACAAGAGAGACUGAAGAAUCUAGCAAGUUGUACAUUUGAGAAGGAUACUCAAUGGGGAAACGAGGUAGGUUUGAAAUAUGGAUGUCCAGUGGAAGAUGUGAUAACCGGACUUUCAAUUCAAUGUAGCGGAUGGAAAUCAGUAUAUUACAAUCCAGAACGAAAAGCGUUCUUAGGUGUAGCGCCCACCAGUCUGUACCCAACUCUGGUGCAGCACAAGAGAUGGUCUGAGGGUGAUCUACAGAUCUUGCUAUCAAAGUAUAGUCCGGCAUCAUAUGGUUUCGGAAGGAUUAGUCCUGGCCACAUAAUGGGAUACUGUGUGUACCUACUCUGGGCUCCAAGUAGCUUGCCAACACUUUAUUACUGCAUCAUCCCUUCCCUCCAUCUCCUAAGUGGAAAUCAUUUAUUUCCUCAGAUAUCAAGCCCAUGGUUUAUUCCAUUCGCAUACAUUAUUUUCUCUGCAUAUGCAUACAGUUUGGCUGAGUUCCUCUGGACGGGUGGCACUUUCCUAGGGUGGUGGAAUGACCAGAGAAUAUGGCUGUACAAGAGAACUAGCUCCUAUUUCUUUGCCCUUGUCGACACCAUAGGUAGCUUGGUGAAAUUUUCAAGCACAACAUUUACGAUCACAUCUAAAGUGGCUGAUCAAGGUGCUUAUCAGAGAUAUAAGCAAGAUAUAAUGGAUUUCGAAACUCCUUCUCCUCUGAUCACCAUAUUAGUAACAGUUGCUAUGCUCAAUCUUUUUUGUCUUGCUGGUUUGGUGAAGCAACUUUUGGUGGAUUUUAGCAGGACUUUCGAAACAAUGGCUGUACAGAUCAUUCUGUGUUCCUUCCUUGUUCUGAUAAAUUUACCAUUGUAUGAAGCCCUUUUGCUACGGAAGGAUAAAGGGAAACUACCAAGUUUUGUAACUGUAAUAUCAGUUUCCUUGGCUUUGCUUGCUUGUACUUGCUUUACAUUCUUGAACUAGUUUUUUGUUUUACAUUGUUCAUCUAUCUCUGGUCAUCUUUAAAUUGUAAUCCAGCUUAAUAUAUUCUGUAAGACCCACCCAGGUGGAUUCUCUUGUUUAA